CUUGAACUUGGACUCCUCCGCAUCGGCCAGCAUCACGACCUGGUAUUCCAACGCAUAUCAGGCAUCUCUCAAUCCGUUCUGCGUUGCCUUCCCUGUCUUUAACUGUGUCUCCUGCCGCAUCGCUAUUGCCAUUGUCAUCUCUACAGACACUCGCCAUUAUGGGUAACUCGCAGUCUUCUCCCCGGCAAGUCCCCGCCUGCAAGCCCGAUCCGGCCGUCGAGAAGCUCCUGGUCCAACAGAUCCAGAACCUCCGCCAACUCGACCUCGAGCAAGACUCCGAGUACAUCCACGUCUCCUCCGCAAAAGGCAUCCCACAUACCUAUUCGACCGACCCACGCCUCUCCCUCUCCACGACCACGCAAUGGGAGAAGCACCUGCUCUCAGACCCAAAGAACCGACUCGCCCUGAACGCCCUGCUGUCCAACGACGUGCGUAGCGUGAUUGCCAAUAAAGUCUUGACCCUGCCAGACACACAGACGUUCAACAUCAAGAUUCCCUUUGAAGGGUCUCCCGUGACGAACCAACGAUCUUCGGGUCGAUGCUGGCUCUUCGCGACGACGAACGUCUUGCGCGUGCCGCUCAUGAAGAAAUAUAACUUGAAAGACUUUGAAUUGUCCCAGGCGUACCUGUUUUUCUGGGACAAGCUCGAGAAGGCGAACUGGUUCCUGGAGCAGAUGAUCGAUACCGCGCGGCAAGGAGAGGAGUUGGACAGUCGUAUCGUGCAGGAGUUGUUGAGUGCGCCGGUGAAUGACGGUGGACAGUGGGACAUGGCGGCCAACCUGGUGGAUAAGUACGGAUUGGUCCCGCAGAAGUUGUACCCGGAUAGUUACAAUGCGAUGAACAGCUCGGCGAUGGGGAGUAUCUUGACGACGAAGCUGCGCGAGGACGGGCUGAUACUGAGGGAUAUUGUGAGAAAGAAUGCCCUUAAAGAUAACAGUGGUUCUUCUUCUUCGGUCGAGAAGGAGAAGAGCAAGAAGGAAAUGGAUCUGGCAGGCGUCAAGGCCAAGAUGAUGCAAGAAGUGCAGACGAUCUUGACGCUCAUGCUCGGCCCGCCGCCGAAGCCGGAUGAGACGUUCACAUGGGAGUAUUACGACGCGAACGACAAGUAUCACAAGAUGGUCAAGACGCCGCUGGAGUUUGCGGGUGACAUGUCGAGUCCGGGCGUCGUGCGCGGUUUGGGCAAUGCCGACGUGGCGGAACUGUUCAGUCUGGUCAACGAUCCGCGCAACAGUUAUAACCAGUUGUUGACGGUGGAGAGGCUGGGCAACGUCGUCGGCGGGAGAGGCGUGACGUAUGUCAACGUCGACAUGGACACGAUGAAGAAGGCUGCCAUCAAAAUGCUCAAGGCCGGCUUGCCCGUCUUCUUUGGCAGUGAUGUGGGCAAGUUCUCGAACUCGGGCAGUGGCGUCAUGGACCCGAAUCUGUAUGACUAUGGGCUCGCGUUCAAUAUCACCUUGGGCAUGAGUAAGAGUCAACGCCUACGCGCGAGGGAGAGCGCCAUGACCCAUGCCAUGGUCCUCACGGGCGUGCAGGUUGAUCCGGAGAGCGGGAAGAGCGUGAGGUGGAGGGUUAUGAACUCUUGGGGUGAGGCGGCGGGGGAGAAAGGGUAUUUCGUCAUGACGGACAGUUGGAUGGAUGAGUUUGUUUAUCAAGUCGUUGUUGACCCCGGGUUCGUGGGCAAGGAGGUUAAAGACGUGCUGGGUGGGAAGGCGAAGGUACUGCCGCUGUGGGAUCCUAUGGGCGCGUUGGCUUAGACCUGAACUGGACUGAACUGGACUGGACUGGACUGGACUG